GUUGAAUUCCUGAAGAUGGGGUUCGCGCCUUUGCUCGUUGAUACCUAUCGCACGUACAAGAACGGUACUAGCAACUUCGUCCAAUGGCUUGCGGAGACAGCCCGCGCCACUGGCACCGUCAACAACAUCUUCAAGGACAACCAUCAAGAAGCAGUGCCGCCUGCUGGAGGGAGACUUAAGUGCGCUGCCAGAAAAGAGGCCAAGAAAGCUGGAUUGACGCAAAACGCUACCGCCACAUGUCAGAUCCCGGCCAAGUCAUCCCUCACCCUCGCGACCGCUAUCGCCGGUGACACACACGCAUCCGUCCCGCUCUCGGUGUUCACGAAAUUGCGCGCAGUAAUUGAAGGUCGUAGAGACUGCGCAGUUUGGCACCAAUACUUCAUCAAGGUCGUGGAAAACGUCUUAGAGAUACUCAGGGCCAAGCAGCCGCAAGCUCAACAUCGACCACUCAAGACAGACAAGACAGGUCCUGCACACAGCACCAAUAUGUAUGAGCUCCUGCAAGACAAAGAGCUCUCCGACAGUGGAGGAAUGCCAGAGGUCAUUGAGAGCCCAGUUCGACCUACCAAAGGGAAGGUCACGUACAAGCUCGAAGCGUCUGAUACCGACCGCGAGUUUGCAAAGGGCGAAAUUGAUCUUCAAGCGGCUGCGCAGACCAUGAACGCCGCGAUCGCUAUAAUUGAGGCACUGAGCAAUGAAUUCGAGCAAGCAAAUCCCCGAUUCAAGGACACGGCAGAAGUCUAUAUGCACGUGGAGAUCGUCAACUUCACAAAUUUCGGUUACGGUAAGAGUGGGGAGGGUUCAGCUUUUAUCGACGUGGGCGACGAGGACAGCGAUCCGUUCACCUACAAAGAAGGCAAUCAGAUGUUACGUGCCGACACCGACAUGCAGAGAGAGCUGGGGUCUCGCUUGUCAGCUGGUGAGUUGCUUCUCCAGAAGAGCGCACAUCAGCUCUCCGCAUACUAUCAAGUCUACCUCGACGUCGAAGGCCUCGAAGACGUCGGUAAAACACACAAGCUUUAUCGUCAUGGCAUGGAGGAACGCCAAAUCUACAUCGACGCUUUGAACGAGACUCAAAAGCAGGAAAUGUUCGAUGAACUUAAACAACAAGCCCACUGGAAGCUCGGCAGCAUCCCCGACUUCUCACUUCUGAAGUGCGACCCUGCGCUCUGCGGCUUAUAUGUUGCUGGUAUCCGCGAUGAAUACCACAGGACAACCGUUGACAUUGCAUACAAUCAGGGACAGAUCCUCUUUACAGCUCAUCUCUACCACGCUGCAAAGAGUACCGGAUACCUACCCAAAGAUCUAUAGUGGACGGACAUGGACUGGCUCGUCCACCGGCAAGGCAGCGACCGGAUUUUCCUGGGCAAAAAGCCAGAGCAUGGUAGUGAAUUCGGAAAGCACUUGAACAUCGUCAUGGGUUUUUCUGCCCAUAAGUUUACUAAGAACUACAAAUCCCGUAUGCCCGGUAAAGAGUGG